UCGCUAUUAUUUUCUAGGCCGCUCCUCAUUACUAGCCGAUAUAGUGCUUGCAUCUAUGCAAAUUCUCUACUCCCUAGGCGUAACCUGUUGAUGUCUGUGUGCAAUACAACCCAACUUAUUUAUUACUAUUGGGCAAAUUCGUUUUUUGUCAUGUCUGAUAAGCCCCGAAUCGGGACGCACAACGGUACGUUCCAUGCGGACGAAGUUCUUGCAUGCGCGAUGUUGAGGAUUUUGCCAGAAUAUACAAAUGCGAGCAUCGUCCGAACUCGCGAUUUAUCUGAACUAUCUUCCUGCUCUAUCGUGGUAGACGUCGGGGGCAUUUUUGAUCCGCAAACUCACAGAUAUGACCAUCAUCAACGUGGGUUCGAUCUAACGUUCAAGAGUUUUUAUAAUGCUGCUAAAUGGGAUAUCAAGUUGAGCAGCGCUGGCCUCAUUUAUGUUCACUUCGGUCACCGAAUUUUGGCCAACAUCACUAAUGUUGGGGAGAACGAUCCACUUGUUUCUGCUCUGUUUCACAAGGCAUGUCGACUUUACUUGCUAACCCUUAUUGUUUUACAGCUGUAUGAUAGCUUCAUUGUCGAAUGCGACGCUAUCGACAAUGGUAUCCCCAUUUGCGACAGUGGCACAAGAUAUCCCAUUAACACUAGUUUAAGCUGCCGAGUUAGUCGUUUGAAUCCUCAAUGGAAUCAGAAAGCGGAUGAAACGACCUGUUUUAUGGAAGCUUUGUCCAUGGUUGAGAAGGAGUUUAAUGCCGCAGUUCAUCACUACGCUGAAUCAUGGUACCCUGCACAAAAUAUCGUCGCAACUGCAUUUCAGCACCGUCACCGGGUCGAUCCUUCUGGGCAUAUCAUGCUCUUAGAUAGGUACUGUCCUUGGGCUACACACUUUCAUCAACUGGAGAAGGCCGAAUUUGAGCGAAAUUCGGAUAAGUUAAGACCCUUCGAUAUUUCUGACCCAGUUUCAUAUUUGAAUCGACCGAUCUACUGUCUCUACCAGCGGGACGAUAACUCAUGGGCCGUGCAAGCAAUUUCUGUUUCUGACUUGGAUCACUACAUCAAUCGUGUUCCCUUUCCUGAGCCUUGGCGCGGCUUAAGGGAUGAAGAACUGAGUCAGGCUAUCGGCCUCACGGGUUGUAUUUUUGUUCAUGCUACGGGGUUUUUGGGUAUACACAAAACGCAUCAAGGUGCCUUGCAAAUGGCCCAAAUGUCUCUGAAGGAGGCAAAAUUACUUUAGAUCUUUUGUUGCUAUAUGCCAAAUUGUCCCUCAAUCUUUUCCACAUUGUUUGGAUGAUUACAUCUUGUCCCUUCCCUAUUGUAAUGUGUUUGCUUAUUACCUUCGAGUACGAAAUACUUCUCAUCUGUAGACCAAGAUUAUUCUAUAAGCC